ACGAGAUCUUCUCGGGCAGGUAUUUAAGAGUCGGUCCGCAGAGUGAGGCGACACUUACCUCAUCACCGGUUGGAAGAGUCGGUAAGACAAGAUCGCACCGCUCAACAUGAAGGUUACAUGGGUAUUAUUGGUGGUGGUAGGAGUGGUUUCAGCCGAUGUCGGACUCGGCUACCACUACAAUGUGCCACAAACUUCGUACGGAGUUCCUUCAUACCAAGUCGGAGGUAACUCUGGACAGUACAGCUCUGGACAGUACAACUCUGGCUACUCAGGAAGCCACAGUGGCCACCACGGUCUAAGCUCUGGUUACCAAACCGGAGGAGUCAAUGCCGGCAGCGGCUCUGGCUACUACCAAGCUGGUUCAAACAGUGGAUCCCAAGUAGUUCAGCAGCCUUACCAGACCGGAUACCAAACUCAAUACCAGUCCUCAAGCCAGUACCAAUCCUCCGCAAAGAAAAAUUACCAGCAGUACUACCAGGUGCAGCAACAGCCCGCCCAAGUGUUCAAACACUUCUACGUGCACGCCGCCCCCGAAGAACCCGAAGUGGUCAAGCCUCGCGCUCCCAUCGUAUUGCCUGCUCCCCAGAAGCAUUACAAGAUCAUUUUCGUAAAGGCGCCCACCGAGUCUAGCGCUCCUAAUGUUAUUGCUCCCGUUCAACCACAAAACGAAGAGAAAACUAUUGUCUACGUUCUUGUUAAGAAGCCCGAUGAGCAACCCGAAGUCGUCCUUCCCAAGAUCGAACAGAAGCCCCCAUCCAAGCCUGAGGUAUACUUCAUCAAGUACAAGAACAAGGAAGACUCCCAGGCUGUCAUCAACAACAUCGUCAAGGACUACAACCAGGGUCAACCUCUGACGCUGAACUCUGGCUCGGCGGAGAGCUCUUACCAGUCCGGUCUCAGCGGUGGUGUCCAAUACCAGGCGCCAAUCCAGCACGGAAGCUCUUCCGGGUACAGCUCGCACGGCUCAGACUCCCAGUCCUUCGGCGUGAGCUCUGCGUCCGCUAACUCCGGCAGCAGCCUGAGCGGCUCCCACAUCACCAGCAGCAUCUCGUCUCCGGUCACCGUCAGCAGCACGGCUUCCAGCAUCGAUUAUGACGGAGGCGUCAUCUCUACUAGUCAGGGCGUCCCCCACGAAACCUACGGAGUCCCUAAAUUCAGGAACUAAAUAAUAAAUACGACUGUAAUCUAAUAUACGUGUUGAGUAUAGAUGUGUUGUUUGUAAUGGAUACUAAUAAACGUGUUACUUCCUUACGAUAAA